AUGGCUGGGGCGACGGACGAUGCUGAUGUCUGGGGGUGGGAUCAUGAUCGUUGGCACAAUAAUCCUGGCGAGCUCGGACACGGUGGCCCAGCUGAUCGUGGGUUAGGACGCAUCGUCACCGGCGUCGGGAACGGCAUGAAUUCGUCAACAGCCCCGAUCUACCAGUCCGAGUGUGCGCCGGCUUCAUACCGAGGAGCCCUCCUUACCCUACAGGGAACCGUCACGAUUCUAGGUGUUGUGAUUGCUUACUGGAUGGACUAUGGAACAAGCUUCACCGAAUCAUCACUGCAAUGGCGCUUCCCGCUCGCUUUUCAGGCCGUCUUUGCCAUACUCCUCGUGCUUCAGGUUGUCGGCCUCCCAGAGACACCGCGCUGGCUGGUCCAGCACGACCGUCAUGACGAAGCACGCGAGGUCGUCGCUGCCAUCACCGAGCGAGACGCAAAUGAUCCCGACGUCGCGCGAACGAUCCUCGACAUCCAGGUCGGCCUGAAAGAAGAGCAAAAGGGCGGGCCGUUCAGAUUCAAAGAGCUCUUCACCUGGGGCGAAGAGCAGAACCUUCGACGACUGCUAAUUAUCAUUAGCGUGGAGCUUGGGCAGCAGUUCACCGGAUCGAACAUGAUCAACUACUACGGCCCCGUCAUGUUCCAAACGACAAUGAACAUGGGCCGCAACCUCUCCAUGAUCCUCGGCGGCGCAAUCCAAUGCACAUACCUGGUCGGAUCCGCAAUCCCCGUGCUGCUAAUGGACCGCUUCGGCCGGCGCACCCUGCUAAUGAUCUGCUCGGUCGGACUGUGCUUCUGCUUCGUCAUGGUCUCGAUCCUGCUCUCCCUAGACAGCACAAAUGCCGCAUACGGCGCGACCGCAUUCAUCUUCAUCUUCCAGAUCUUCUACGGCAUCGGCUGGUUACCCGUGCCGUGGUUCUACCCGAGCGAGGUAUCAACGACACGAACACGAACGCGCAUGCAGGCCAUUGCGUCGGGGUGGAACUGGAUGGCUGUUUUUGCGGUUGUCAAAAUCACGCCGCUUGCGUUCGAAAACAUCGGCUGGCGCACCUUUGUGAUCUUCGCCGUCCUCAACGCCGCCUUCAUCCCCAUGGUCUACUUCUUCUACCCCGAGACCAAGGGGCUGGAGUUGGAAGAUAUCCCGCUGCUUUUUAUCAAGGGUGGAGUCACGGGUGGUGUGUUUUCCUCGAAGGGUGGGAGGACGGUUAUGCCGGGGCAGCAUGCGGUGCAGACGGAUGUUGGUCGCAAGGUUGAGGGGUUGGGGGGUGAGUUGGAGGAGGUUGAGGCUGUUGCUUAG